AGGUAAUAUGAUCUAGUUACCCUCUCCUGGGAAUUCUCCUAUGUAAUUGAUUUGUUGCUCUUGCAUACACACACUGUCUUUACUGCUUUCUUUAUGCAGAGCUAGUUCCAACCACCUACUGCAAUCACUCUUUUGUCCUUUGUGUUUUGCAACCCCAAUUGUCAUUUCUGGAAUUCCUAAACGUGGUGGAAUUAAAGGCUGUCAGAUAUUUUUGGGCGCCUUCAUGUAUACCUGAUGUAUAUCUAAGAAAAUCAAAUACUUUUCUUAACAGCAAUCAAAAAUUUCUUAUGUUCUAUUAGGCGCGCCUAAAACAUUCAACAUAUGAUGCCGCCCAGAUGCUGGAUACCAACAGAAGGAGAAACUUCAUCUUCAACCUUGAUAAACUCGAUAGAAAGCUCUGCUAGCUCCAUUUUGAGCCCUUCAAGUAAUUUCAAAGCAGAUACCGUCUCUCAACCUUCAACUACAGAUGCCCGCAAUCACUCACAACAGCAUCAGAGCCUUCAAUCUAGCAACUCUGGCUCAAGUUCUUUGCAAACAAUGCCUCAUUUUGACAGCUUCAUCAGAGGUCAAUCAAAUUCGACUGAUGAUUCCGAAUUAUUACAACAACAAAUUGUUGCAGGGCAGCUCAUCCUCGACCAGAUACCACCUACAGAUACUGACAGACAAGUCGCAAGUCCAUGCCAAAUGAGUAGAGUUGGUACUAUACGGCCAACCGAACUCAUUUAUCCUAAGUCACUGUACCAUGGCUAUGUCCCUCCUUUGCCUGCAAGCAAAGAGCAUCAAGCAUGCUCGGCUUUAUUGCGGGAACUCAGGAACAAAGACAUGACCGAGAUGUCGUCGACGCAGGAAGAUUUUGUGGAAUUUGAGUUGGCCGAAUUUUCGAUUUACAUGCCUGACACUGCUCUCUAUGGGCAUGAGCUGCGUGGUCUACAAGACCUUGCUAGUAAAAUGGGCCAUUCAUGUUUCCUACUCGACGGUGUUCUCAGUGUCGGAAACUCUCGACACUAUGUUCAAGGCGUACCAUUCAAAGUAUGCUCAAUUGGAAAUUACGGCGAAGAAUUUGAUGAUGUUGAUGGUGCUAUAUGGCUUCAGUCUGAUCUCAACAUAAGAACGAAUAUUUACUAUCGACUUAAGAAGCCCGCAUCGGAAUAUGCCCGUUUCCAUCUUGGCUUUUCAUGGUUGGCUAAUCUGUCGAAGCAUUUUGUCGACUACUCUUUAGCAUGUCAGAAGCAAAAGAAGAAGGUAUCGAUCCACAACUUCCGGGCAGACUUUGCGCAGUGGUGCCAAAAGAUACAUACAGACUCAUCAAAAUUUCAAUCUUGGUACCUCGAAUAUGGCCGAGAUGAUUUCAGACAAGCCAUCUCAGCAAACAUAAACUUUCUGUUCAAGGAAUCGAUGGGUGUAACGUCAAGACUUCGCUCAUUGUAUAUCUGGGAGGAAACUUUGGAACUUACAAGCAUUAAAGAAUACCCGAUCAAAGAGAAUAAGACAAUCGUCACGCCAUACGUUUAUGAAUGCUUCAGUCACCUAAGAUUUGGUCACCUACUCAAGCCUCUGAUACCGACUAUAUUUGCAGAGAAUUUAAAAGAACCAGAGGAUCAAUCACUAUCGCUUUCGCCGAGAAAAACACGCAUUGUUUGUGAAUCCACUCUGCCAUUCAAGCCUCAACAUAAAUUCUUCGCUGGUGGUAAAGCCAAUCUGGGAGCCGGAAUGAGCCAGAAUGGGGGUGUGAAACGGCAGCAGAUGCUUGAUGCUAUCAAAAUUGGAGAUGUAUUAUCAGUCACCAAGGAUGGACCAAGUUCUGUGUGGAAAGACGAAUCCAGCAAAUGGAAAACAGAAGACGAUUGUUGGUAUUUCUAUGUACAGAUCAAGCAUCAAAGUCCUCGUGGCAAUUACUCUUUCGAUGGUAUUUGGCUUUAUAAGCCUUCUGAUACUAGUUGUGCAAAGAUGAAGUAUCCAUAUGCCAAAGAAUUGUUUCUCAGUGACAACUGUACCUGUGGGUCUCGGGAUUCCCGGAUAACCCAUGACGAAGUCAUUGAUAUCAUCCCUAUAAUCUGGCAUGGUCUACCAUCAGAAACAGACAUCUUCAUUCGUCAGACGUAUCUCAACCACGAGAGUUUUGUAACAUUAAAAGAUUCACACAAAACAUGUGAACAUUUGCGAAAGUCCGAUGAAGAUUCACCAUCGCCAGCCACGAUUGUUGAUCGCUUUCCUGUUGGACAGACGGUACUUACAUUACCCCCUCGACGUGAGUCGAAAAACAAUCUAGAGCCUUAUGAGAUUGUAGGAUACGUAGAAGAAAUCUCUAAGUUAAAUGUCAGAUUGAGGAGACUCAUGAGAAGAUCGGAGAUUGAUCAUACUGUGUCUUGUAGACCAAAUGAGCUUGUAUACACUAAUGCAAUAGAUACAAUGUCAGCGCAUAAACUCGAAAGAACUUGUCUUGUACGAUUUUAUACUGAGAAGCAAGUCUCAAGUGGCAAUGUUCCAGCACCUUACUGUAGAGAUGGAGGCUCGAAUGCCUUCAUCAUUACGAAGCGAUUAUGUGAGGAUAAUCAGACACUGAUACCAAUAGAAAGUGAUACACCCCAAAGCCUUAUUCAAGGUUUUGAUCCCGAAGCACCGCUGAAACGAAGAGUUUUGAAUGGACUCGAUCUCUUCUGUGGUGGUGGCAAUUUCGGCCGUGGGUUGGAAGAGAGCGGUGUAUUGCAUAACAAAUGGGCUGUCGAUUUGUUCUCAGCUGCAGUGCAAACAUAUGCUGCUAAUUUAAAGAACCCUGGGGAAACCGACAUAUACUUUGGUUCAGUCAACGAUUUACUAGCAGAGGCUUUUGUUGGCAACCCCCAAUUACUCAAAAUUCCUCUACCGGGCGAUGUUGAUGUCAUCAUGGCUGGUAGUCCUUGCCAAGGUUUUAGCAGAAUGAAUACGUACAAAGGCAAUGAUAAGAGUCUACGGAAUCAAUCCCUGGUCGCAUCUGUUGCUGCCUAUAUUGAUUUUUAUCGUCCCAAGUACGGAUUGCUAGAAAAUGUCUUGAACAUGGCUCAGAAAGGAUUGGGACGAGACGAAGAUGUUCUCUCUCAACUUAUAUGCGCCAUCGUCGGUCUUGGAUACCAGUUACAGCUUUUCUUACUCGAUUCAUGGAGUUUUGGUAGCUCCCAGUCACGAAGUCGAAUAUUUGUCUCAUUUGCAGCCCCCGGUUGUGUUCCACUUAAGCAUCCAGACCUUUCUCACUCACACCCGCCACACGUUGGCGAACGUGGGCUUGGUAAAUUAGCAAAUGGUCAAUCAUUUGGUAGUCGAGUUCAUUGUCCCACUCCAUUUCAGUAUCGCACUGCUGAAAAAUCUAUAGCUGACCUUCCUUACAUUGGAGAUGGAGCGACUGGUCACUGCAUAAAAUAUCCGGAUCAUGUUUCACCUAUUACCUUGUCCAAAAAAUAUCGUUCACAAAUCGCAUGCAUUCCGACUCAUCCACGAGGUAUGAGUUUUUCAAAGGCAUGGAAUGAGGGCAAUGGUAUAAUGACUAAAGAAGAACGAGACAUUUUUCCAUAUCUUGCCAAGUCAGGGAAAAUUAGAGAAAGCGUUUUAAAAGGUUCUAGAGCCUGGGGAAGGAUAAAGCCUCACGGACUAUUUCCAACUGUACUGGUGGUAGUGAACAUGGAGGAUAGCCGCAUGGGAACGAUUUUGCAUUGGGACCAACAUAGACGCUUGACAUUAAUGGAACUCCGUCGUGCGCAAAGCUUUCCUGAUGAUGAGGUAAUCAUUGGUAAAAGAGGGGAACAAAUCAAAAUAAUCGGGAAUAGUGUUGAUAGGACUGUUUCCAUGGCAUUGGGAAUCUCUCUACGAAACGCUUGGCUAGAGUGUUCACCUGAAGUUGAUAUGCCUACAAGAAUUGUGAGAACUCAAACAUCUAUAGUCGCCAGGGAGAGAUCUUUGGAGAUUCCAGGUAAUACGGAUUCUACUACUUUGGAAGUUAUUCUAAGUCAACGUCCAAAAGUUAAACCAUAUGAUUUGGAGGCGCGAAACGGUGUAUCGAACGGUACUCUUGCGUUUUACUCGAGCUCAUCGAACUCAGCUGGUUCAAGUGUGUCUGGUUUUGACGAAUCGGGUUCAAUUGAUAGCAUUCAAAAAUUUCGAGGCGGCAUGUCCAAAAUACAAAAAAAGCGACAGUUGAUUGACCAUGCCAAUGAACCCGCUCGUAAAUCUCCAAAGCUGAGCUCAGCAGGGAAUCUUUCAUCAAGAUCAAGAGAAUCUGUUGCAAAUUCAACCUUCAAUUCCAAUACGCUUUUGAAGUCCAACUUUGCAAAACGUUCCGGUCCGAGAAAUAUUGCCACACCAAAAAGUGUUUCUCCCGAUUUAUAUUCAGCAUCACCUCCUCCGCAAAUCAAUUCUCCCUAUCAAACAGACACGCCUAAUAUAACGAAUCAUUCAAACAAGCAUUCAUUUUUUCCACAAGACAAUCCUGUCACAAUAGAUGGCAAUGAUGACGACUACGAAGAUACCAUCUGGGUAGAUUCCGGACCACGCGCCUCAACUCUUCUCCAUCGAACCCCUCAUUCCCGCACCACUACAUCCAAAAUUUCUAGGAUUCUCAAUACCUCCUCAUCAAAAUCUUCACAACGAAAAAAACGCUCUCAAUUCAUCGAUCUUACGAAAUCCGACAGCGAAGAUCAAGCUCCUGUGCCACGAUCCUCGUUCCAGAUAGUAAUUCCGGCUCCUGUGAAAAUAAAAGAACAUGAUGAUUCUUUGUAUUCGGAUUUUCGUACACGAGAGAGUAGACUCGGAUCUGGAAUAGGGAAUAGUUAUGUAGCGGUGGAUAAUAGUCAGUUUGAUGCGUAUGCGCAAACUAAGCGCACGAUGGAGAAUAUGGAUGAUAGGUAGGAUGGUAUGGUAUGGUGGGGGUGAAGAUGGAGGGGGGGGAAUUUAGAGAGGGGUAGAGGGAAUAGAAGGGAAGGGCAAUAUG